CUCGCCAUGUCAGCGACUCCCCACCACCCCCCAGUGGACCAGCCGACUGGACCAGUCCAGAUCUUCUCUCCACAAUCUGCAUCCGUGCAUUUGGAAGCACAGUCAUCAGAGUGAACGAGCCCCACCCAGCAUGAGGUUCUGUCUGGUUCUGGCCCUGGUGCUGGUCGUCCAGGCGACGCAAGAGUUCAACCCCACAAAGAGUGAAGAGAAGCCAGUCAUCGCCCGAGGAAAGCUGAUGGCUCCCAGCGUGGUGGGAUGAGGAAUAAAGAAGAUGCCGGAGCUGCAUCACUUCCUGCUGGAGCGGUUGGCGCUGUACCACAACCUGGAGUACGACUCCUCCGAAGAGAAGAAUCCUCGCUUGAUUUUCUAUGACGAGAAAGACGAGGUCGUGAAGACCGUCCGCGUGAAGGGCAUGAAGGCCGAUGACAUCAGCGCUCUGCUGGAAUCUCUGGGCUUCUACAAAAGGGCCCAGAAAGGUGAAAAGGUUCCGGAGGAGUUCCAGAACUUCCCGCUGCACGCGCCGCGGGACGAGCUGUGACGACCCGCCACUGCAGCCUGGGCCGGCAUUAAUGAUGAGCGGAACCUCAAGACCUCGCAGUCCGGUUCCGUUCUGAGAGCUUUGCCCGCCCGGUGAGAACCGCGUGUGCUGGGGCCACAAGUGAUGAAGGAAAUAAACAAGU